AUUAAGCAAUUGUUUGCCUUAAUUGUUGUAUUGUUUAAUGUAGACAUUGUAUUAAGAAAACAGUUAUAAAUGGAUGAACUAUGCAUUGACUAUAACUUGAUAGACACUCCACUUAUUAUACGUACCGAUGCUCUACAAUCGUGGCCUUGUUUUAAAUGGACAAUAAAUGAUUGGAGUGAAAAGUGUGGUGAAACCAAACUUUCGUUUAGAGUUCACAAAAGGAUUUCUAACACAUUUUGGGAAACCGAAGCCAUCGAUAGAUUAGAGACUCAAUUAUCAGAUUAUGUUGAAUGGACUCAAUUGGAGACAAAUGAAUGCAAUGACAGAAAUCCAUUUAAGAAAUAUUCAAAAUCUGAACAUUGGAUUUAUAGCAGUUAUAACUAUAUGAAUAAAUUAUUUGAAGAUAACCAACAAAUUAUACAUUCAGUAAACUGGUCUCAAUUAGGUCUUCAAGACGAUAAACUAGAGUCAACCGCCAAAAAUAGUACUUUUUGGUUGGGAUCAGUUGAUGCUUUUACACCCUGUCAUCAGGAUAGUUAUGGUUACAAUUUUGUGGCACAAUUAUCUGGAAAAAAACAAUGGAUUCUUUUUCCACCAUCUGAUGAGACUUUCUUAUAUCCAACUCGUAUACCAUAUGAAGAGUCGAGUAUUUUUAGUUCAGUAGAUUUUCACAAACCUGACUAUAAAAUACAUCCACUUUUCAAGCAAACAAGUCCUCAUGUAAUUGAAUUAAAAGCCGGAGAGAUAUUAUUUGUUCCUCACCUUUGGUGGCAUUUUGUUAGAGUCAUUGAAGAAGACUUUGAUAAAAGUUGUAUUUCUAUAAAUACUUGGAUUUUCAAUGAUUGCUAUCAGAGCUCUUUAAAUGAAAGUAUUGUCCGUUUAUUGACGACCUCACUGUUCAAUACAUACUGUCCAUUACAACCAAACAAAUGGCUGAAUAUUAAUGCAGAUUUGUUUAGUCCUGAAGAAGCUAUUCACACAAUUAAUCUAAUAUUAAAUAAAAUGAAUUCAACGAUUCCUAUAAAUAAGACUAAAUCCAAAAUAUUGCCGAAAAAUUCAUUAGAAAUUAAGUCAUCAACUUUUGAUGAGUUAAGACUACUUUUUGAUAAUAAAAAACAAGAAUCGAUUGAAGAAUUGAGUAAUAAAGACGUGAAUAUUGAAACAAUUGUUAAUUGUAUUUUACAUCCCGAUGUCAUCGAAAUGAUUGCUCAAAAGUUAAUAAAUAUUAUAAACAAUAAAUAAAUGGGUGUUUAAAAAGCCUUUUUU